UUUGAUAACGCGUUCUUUUUCUUUUCUUUCUUUCUGGAGAAUUUCCUAAAUUUUCAAAACGUGUUAUUAAUUUUUAUUAAUCGUACAAACUAACUAUUAACCUCAGAACUUUGAACUACUGAGUUUGCAACUAAAAGUCUUCAAAUUAAUACACGAUGCCUAAAAAUAAAGGAAAAGGAGGAAAAAAUCGUAGGCGAGGUAAGAACGAGAACGAAACAGAAAAGCGUGAAUUGGUAUUCAAAGAAGACGGACAAGAAUAUGCUCAAGUUACCAAAAUGUUGGGAAAUGGACGUCUAGAAGCAAUGUGUUUUGAUGGUGUAAAACGACUUUGCCACAUUCGAGGAAAACUUAGGAAAAAGGUGUGGAUCAAUCAAGCUGAUAUAGUAUUAAUAGGUUUACGUGAAUAUCAAGAUACAAAAGCUGAUGUAAUUUUGAAGUAUACGCCUGAUGAAGCUCGUAACUUGAAAACAUAUGGAGAAUUUCCAGAAACUGUUCGCAUCAAUGAUACAGUCACAUUUGUUGACGAUGGAUUGGAUGAGGAUAUUGAAUUUGGAGAUGAUAUUAGUGAAGAUGAAGAAGCAGACGCUGUUGAUAAUAUUUGAGUUUAUUUCAAAAAGUAUCCAAGCUGUAUGGUGACAUAUAGUUACUUAAGAUCCAACUUAUAAUUUAAAAAAAAAUAUUGAAAUAAAUAUAUUAUUAAAUAAUAAUUA